UGCUCGCCAUCGUCACCCACAAGCAAAGACUACAACGACGAUGUCAGCCGCUGCAGGAUCUUCCAGGGAAACGCUUGAUGUACGGCCCAUAGAUAUACAGCUUCAGCUGGUGGGACAGCUCGAUGGCUCGACGUCCUUUGCCUUUGGUCACCAGAGCGCACUCGGUGCAGUCAGCGGGCCCACAGAAGUGCGGAUACGAGAUGAGCUCACUGAUCGUGCCACGCUGGAAAUCAAUCAUUCACCCCUGAACGGCACAGCAGGAAUCACUGCCGCCUCCUUCAGUACAGCACUGCACUCCGCCCUCUCCUCCGUCAUCCUCUUGCACCUCUACCCUCGCUCGCUGAUCCAGCUUCAGCUACUUACGACCAACCACCCCGCCCAGGCAUACCUCCCUCCUUCGCUACAAUCGACAUUGAACAAGCCGCUUAGCCACUUUUCAAGGAGGACAAUCAGACCUCUACGGCCUCAUCCUGAUGCUAGCAUGGACGUCUCGGAGAAGGCGGCACUGAUUAAUGCAGGGAUGAUGGCGCUGAUACAGGCUGGCAUACCUUGCCUGGCCACAGUCUGCGCAGUGGGUGUGGCUGUUCUGCCCAAGCAAUUAGCGAAGGGUCUCAGAAGAGGUGGGAAACAAUCAAGGAGUUCAGGCUCCAUGGCGAUGGAAGAAGACGAUGUUUCCGACAACAGUCUAACGAUCCUCGUGGACCCGGACCCUACGGAAGAGUCCCUAGCUCAAAGCGUGCACCUUUUCGCCUUUGCUUGCUCGGGGCACGUAGUGGAAAGCGAAGCGACGACACUAGACGAUGACUCGGACGAUAUGGACCUGACCGACGGCACCGUACCCCCACCGGUAUCGAAGACGAGUGAGGCAAAGCUGGUUCUUGCGGACAGUGCUGGUAAAGUCGAUUUAGCAAUGCACCAGGAAUGUGUGCGAUUGGCGCGGAAGGCUGCCCUGACUGUGCACUCGAGGAUGCGGCGAAGUAUGAGGGAUCAGUACCUAGGCUAGGUCGACUUG